AUGGUCAGAGCUAAACAAUGGGUUUUAAAGAACACUCCUGAUUUUGGUGCACCCUUUAAUUUUGAUAAUGAUGAUCCAAAUGCAACAUUUGAACUGAAAUCUUUUGAUAUAUCUCCAGAUGACUUAAAGAAAGGUGAAAUCCUAGUUGAAACUUAUCUGCUUUCUAAUGAUCCGGCCCAGAAAUUUUGGAUAGCUACUGUAGAUCGGAAUUAUUCGAAAGGAACGCAAUUAGGUGAAAAUAUCCCCGCAAGAGGUAUCGGAAAGAUUCUGGCAAGCAAGAAUGAUAAUUACUCUGUAGGCGACUAUGUUACUGGUAGACUUUGUUGGACUACGGCUAUAAUUAUAGGCGACCCCAUAGCUGCCGAUGUUCGGAAGAUUUGCCCUGAGGAAGGUGACGAGUUAUGGUGGUAUUUAUCUGUAUAUGGGAGCACCGCUUUGACUGCAUAUUUCAUCUUUUACAAGUAUUUGGGCUUGAGCGAGACUGAGAAACACUAUGGUAAACAAUUUUUAAUAUCUGGUGCUGCAGGUGCUGUUGGAACUAUUUGUGUACAACUAGCUGUCAACGUUUUUAAAGCGUCAAAAGUAAUUGCAAUUGCGGGUGGAAGUGAAAAGAUCAAUUACCUGGAGAGUCUAGGAAAAGUUGUCGUUGGGGUGGACUAUAAAGAUGAACGUUUUGAGCAAAACCUUAUAAAAGCAGCUGCUGAAAACAGUGUCGACUACUUUGUUGAUAACGUCGGUGGCUCGAUACUAGAUAUAGGUGUGAAAACGUUAAAAAUUCAGGGGACAAUAAUUGCUUGUGGCUCAAUUAGCGGUUACAACCAUCCCGAAGAGUUAGUUUUCAAGAAUUAUGUUUCAGUAAUUACAAAAAGAUUGACUUUGAAGGGUUUACUAGUCACAGACUGUAGAGAAAAUUUUCCAGAAGCAAUGAAGAAGCUAAAAAAAUUAGUGAAAGAUAAAAGUAUUGACGCUAAACAUUCUGCUACUCUCGUGGAUGCAGAGGAUGAUAAGUUCAUUUACGUUCCUACUAUUUGGAGUGGAUUAUUUCAAGGUAUUAAUAGAGGAAAACUGAUAACCGUCGUUAAAGGCAUGGAUCAGAGUCGGUUUGCUAAGGGUGAAUGA